UUACUUGCAAGAACUAUGUCAAAGCAAACCACUGGCGGACGAUUAUUCAUGCUAAAUUUCCUAGCCUACUGGAACACUUUGUUUGUAGAGAUAACAAAGUCAACAACUGUUAAACAAAGUUUUCUACUUGCAAUUGACAAAGAGGAAGACAUUCCAAAUCUGGAUUGGUGCUCCUUCGUUUUAGAAUCGCUGAAACGAACAAGACAAGGUUGGAAAAAGUUAGACUCACAAUACAAUGGCCCGGUUGCAUUCCUAACGCUUCUAUACAGCCAUUAUUUCAACCAAAGACACAAAAUUUUCGAUGAACCUGUCAAAAUGCCUGUCAUACAGUAUGUAACCUCUGGUAUGAUCGACGACGUGGAAGAAUAUUUAUACAACAACAGGCCGCUAAGUGUUGAAGAUUGUGAUGAAGUGGAGGAAGACGAAGGAGCAAAUGAUAAUCGCCAGGAUCAACAACAUGUUACUGCCUCACACAUCAAUGGCAAUGAUCAUCAAAAUCAAGAGGCUACGACCGCACCAUUCGAAAUCGUAAAACAGAACACUUCGACGCUGUACACUGACCUUUUCGCUGACAACAUCCCGAUACACGAGGCAGCUGCGGUACAAGAAAACCUCACCGAAUUCAAUACAUUAGAUCAGCGUAUGGAAGAUACGGAUGAGUACAUGAUACCACCAGUGGAUACGACACAUGUCUACAACAGAAGAAACCUGGCUGGAAACCUGGAUGGGGAGGAUCCGAUUGACGAAGGUGACAUACCAUCAAAUACGGAUUGGUUUGACGGGUGGAAUCCGAAUGAACAUAUUUCAGCUUUGAAUUUAGAUGAAAUGGACAUAGGGACACAAACGCAAAAAGAGAUUGACCACUGCAGCACUCCGGUUCAACUAACCGGGGUGAUCUAUGAUCAUGCUGCGUGGGAAGCCUCGAAAAAAAGUAAAAAGGUGUUGUUGAAAACAAUGGACAAUAAUAUAAAGAAAUACAUUUCUCUGGUUUCGGAUAUGAAUAAUCUCGUUAAGGGGGUAAAGGAGAAGUAUUUCUGGGAUGUUGAAAUUAUGGAAAGGUGUAAAAGAUGGAAUGAUGCGGUUAAAAAUACAGUUUCUACAAAUACAGUUUCGAUACCUGAUGAAGUAAGCUAUGCUGGUGAUGAGGUGAUUCAAAACAAAGUUGGACAGUGUGGCGAAACAAAUCAAGAGUUAGAUGGCGAUGGAGAUGCAAGGUUGGAACAUGAAAACACGGUGAAAGAUAAAGGAUGUGAUGAUGUUCAUAAUACCCCAUUUGAUGAUGGUGGUAUUUCGGACACAUGCCUGGCAGCCUUACAAACCAUCGAACCAGGCGUAUACAGGCAGACUACAGAAGUGGCACAAGCAGAUGUGGUAAACAACAUGGACCAACCUGUAAAUUUGGCAGAGUGCAGUCAACAACAAGCACAUAAACAGAAUACAAUAACCGACGCCUAUGAUAAAGAAAAGCCUCCGACAACAUCAGCUGAUGAACCUGAUGAAGUAACCGAAGCAGAAAUGCAGUCUGUUGAGACACUUUUAAAAUUGGCUCCAAUCCUACAAACAUCAAGUGCAAGUAAUCAAAAGACUCCUGUGUCAGCGAACACAAAUAAAACGGAUGACGAGAGGCAUACACACCUAGUGAGAACACGUAUCAAGAUGAUCAGGGAAAAGAACGAAAAGCGGAUGGCAGAACUAGGUGACGCAUACAGAUCACCUUACUGCAACAGGGUAACCGACUUAUAUGAGCCACUUUUGGCACGUGACCAAACAAUCAUCUGUUAUCUCUUAGCUCCGGUGGGAGAUAUUGGGUCAUUGAUAUACAAGUCUGACAGUGGAGUCGAAACGCUAAAAAUCAUAUUUGAAACCUUCCACCCAUCGCAAUACAUAUCAUAUGGUGGAGUGGACGCAUUUGUAGAUGUUUUAAACUUUGAAGAGAAAAAAAGGGACAAAAAAUCAUCACCCUACAGGCUGUUCUUGCCAACUACAAUAUUGCAAGACGAAAUGUUUGAGCCAAAAAUCACAGAUAGUGAUCGAUUGAAAGUAUUCGGACCAAGCGUAGACGAUAUAUUGUGUAAGUAUCAGGUGAAGAAAGUUGACAAAGUUGAUCUCAUCUUCAUUCCAGUACUACUUUCUGAUCAUUACUGGUGCCUAUGCUUUAACAUGAAAAAUGGAGAUAUCGAGUUAAUAGAUAACUCUAGGUAUGCCGAAUCGUUUACCAAACGCUACCGUGGACGCCCCGAAAAGCUGCGGAGAGUUCUAAUACUAUACCUAAAAGGCAAAAUUGGACAAAAAGAGUGGAUAACAAAGUUGGAAAAGGCAAAAAUAAUUCGAAAGGAAAUGGAUUGGAGAACUCUUCAAAACGGUUGUGACUGUGGUGUCUUCACUAUGAGACAUAUGGAGACAUACAAGGGCAAAUCUCCAUGGGAUGCAGGGUUUAAAACGGAAGACCAAAAGAAGAUGCAAGAUUCACAACUACGGUUUUUGCGGUACAGGUAUCUUAGUAAGAUUGUAUUGUCCGACUACAAUCUUAUAAGGAAAGAGGUAUACGACAAAGCUACGGACUUUAUGAAGAAUUCGAUACCCGCAGAUGCUUUGCACGAUCUAGAUAGCAAAAUAAGUAACAGAUUGGAUCAGUUUUUCAAGCUCAAAAAGGGGAAACAAAAUGAAAAGUCGUAGGACUACUAUCUUGCU